GAAGUGGGCGUGGUUUCAUCUAAUCGGGGUUGGAAAAAGAUCACAGACAGGCGAUAAAAGUGGACACACCGCGUCCUUUGGUGUUAUUACACAGCUGGAGCAAGCAUGUCAAUGAAGCACAGCAAGCCCAACUUCAGCCAGUCUCAGGUGUCUGAGAUGGUGAAGAAACUCUUCAAGCUGACUCCAUCCAAAAUCCGCUCGUUGCCCAGCUACGAUGACCAGAACUUUCACGUGGUGCCUGUCGAGGGCGGCGAGUAUGUUCUGAAGAUCAUGAACUCUGAAGACAGCAAGAACCCCACCCUGAUUGAGAUGCAAACAUAUGCUAUGUCCUUCCUGCACCAGAAUGGACUUCCUGCCCAAACAGCCCUGCCCACCACCACAGGACAGCUCAUGAGUCUGGAGGAAAUAGAUUGUGGCUAUGGCUGUCAGAAGUACCUGGUGCGGCUGUUGACUUAUUUGCCUGGAACCACUAUUUCCAAGGUUCCUCUCUCACCGCAGUUACUUUAUGAAACCGGCAAAACAGCAGCCAGAAUGGACAAAAUCCUACAAGAGAUGGAACAUCCUCAUCUUAGUGUGCUGCAGAGGGAGGGGUUCAAGUGGAGUCUGUCGAAUGUUCCCCUCCUGGAAACGUACCUCUAUGUGUUAGAUGGGGAUCCUCUCCAGGAGGUUGUGAAGUCUGUCAUUCAUCAGUACAAGACCUCUGUGGUCCCCAAAUACUCCAGUUUCCGCAAGUGCAUUAACCAUGGGGACUUCAAUGACCUCAAUGUGCUUGUGCAACCUGAUGAGAAUGACGGCUACAAGAUUUCUGGCAUCCUUGACUUUGGCGACAUGAACAGUGGCUACUACAUCCACGAGCUAGCCAUCACCUUAAUGUACAUGAUGAACGAGCACCCUCACCCCAUUGAGGUGGGUGGACCUAUCCUAGCAGGCUGGGAAAGUGUCCUGCCCCUCAAUGAGACAGAGAAAGAUUGCCUCUAUGUGUUGGUCCUCUCCCGCUUCUGCCAGUCGUUGGUUUUUGCUCGUUACUCUGUGACCUUGCAACCUGAAAAUGCAGAGUAUCUGAUGAUUUCAUCCAAGAAGGGCAUCCACGUUGUCCGUCAACUCUGGGAGUUAGGGAAGGAGCAUAUGGAGAAGGUGUGGUUCCAGAGUGCUGCCCAAUUCAGUGACAGAAAGUGAGAAUUAUGUGAGAAAAGCCAUUCACAUAUUCUUCUGAAUCAUCCGUGCAAGUCAUAAAUCAUUUUAAGAUCACUAGUCAAAAGCAAUAGAUAUUAUGUUUUCACAGUUGAAAUAAGUUUUAAUGAUACAUUUUUUCUCAAGUAUGCAAGAGGAAGUACUGAUACUGUAUGGUAUGAAUGGUAAUGGUAAAUACCAGAAUCAGAAAGCAUUUAGGCAACAGUGCAGAGCACUGAGUAACUUGAUAAGUAACUCAUAAUCAUUUCUGGCAGCUCUAACUGACCAUCUGAGCAACUUGGUCAUGUUUAAUAAGUGCCUUAAGUCAUCAGGGUCUGUAGUCUUUAGUGAACUUUUGUACAAACAUUACCAUAAUAGUCUAUUUAUACAGUAGAUGUAGACAAAUCAACAUACUGUAUCAUCAAAGAACUUUGUCUCUGGAACAAUAUACUGCAUGUGCCAUCAGCUGUAGUGUUUUUACCAAUUCAGUUUGUUGAUCAAGUGCAAAGUUCUCCAAGCAAGAUUGGAAGUGCAAUCACCACAUCACUUUAUACUGUGCAGCACAACACUGCAUUUCACCAGCAAAUAGCUAACUCAAUAUGAAAUUUCCUUUCAUCAUUGCUUAAACCAAGGCAGUGGGGGCUGUAAAUAUUUAAUAGCCCAAGAGAAAAGUCACAUGUCUUCUGCAGCCAAUUGAACUUUAAAAAUACAAACAUCAGUUAGAACAAGAUGUUUUUAUUCAAGGUUUUAUCACUAUGUUUCUUUACAGUGAUCAAAGUUCACAAUCACAUAAGCGCAGGGUUUGAUUCCCUGUAGCUGGACCAAUGAACACAAACGUCCUAUGCUGGACCAAACCCUGAUGCCAUGUAUGUAAGACGCUUUAGUUAGACACCACCUGUGCACUAACGAAAACCAUCAAUAUGCUGUGCAUCCUGACAGUAAAAUGGUCCCUUUUUACUGUGUAUAUGUGAUUGUAAUGAGGCAUAAGGGAUAAGGAGAACUGAGAUACAAUGCAGUCUUCUUCAUUGUGGUUCUUGUGCCUGGACAAGCAAAUUGUAUCUGAUUUGCCAAGCAAAAAAAAAAAGCAUUAAUGCUUAGCUCUCAUGACUCAGGUCACAUGUUAACUAACUUGCAAUAAAUUAUAGGUGCUAAUUAGCAAUCCUACCACAUGGAUUGUUGUUCAUACAGGUCCUAGGUGCAUUGUGACAUUCUAUUAUUGUGGGAAAUGUACCUCAACUUUCUGUAUUUGAUGGUGGCCAGAUGUAAUCAGUUUAAUAAUUUUAUUCUGAUUCAGUUACCUCAAUAAAUAAACAAAAAACA